CACCUAUAUUUGUUAAGCGCGCUAGUCUCCCAUAUUUACUCAGUGGCCCAUCAGCAAAUCCAUAUUAUUUAAUCCAAUCGUAAAAGGGAUCAUAAAAUGCAAGAUGGCCGUAAGGGCCCCAGAUCCAGAUCCUUGCCCAUUUUUCCGAAAUUAUGGUUUCAGAAUCUGAGCUCUAUUAUUUUCUCCCGUUCAUUCCCAGCGUCUCGGGGCGAGUAACUGCUCAACGGAUCAGUUGCUAUGUAGAAGCGUCUGAAUUCUCCGCAUAGAAUUACUAUCAAACCAUACAGUCGAAGCGGAGGCGCAUGUCAGCUGUAUGCCAAUCUAGCGUAUAAAAGCGCCGUGCUAUGACGCCUACUGGCCUCAUCAGCUCUCUCCUUCACGCACUGUUCAACAUACAUGGCUCUCUCUACCACUGCCACUCACCCUUGCAACGUCUGCCGGGAACCCACUACCCUCUGGUGCUCCAGGUGUCACCUUGCUUGGUACUGCAGCCCAGAGCAUCUAACAGGGGAUUGGAACAGCCAUCGUUACGAAUGUCGGCCAUAUCAACCCUCCAUUCCUCUUCAAAUAGACCCUUCCACCAUGGAAGCUAGCACCGCCGCAUCGUUCACCGCGAUCCUCUUCCCCUGCAGCAGUGACAGUCCCCAGCUCAUCAAAGUCGACUGCCUUGCACGCCCCCAGGCAACUGGCCCGUGCAAAUGGACCCCAAUUGCGAUGCCACACGUCGGUGGCCAACGGGAGCCCGGCAAUGUCAUUGUAACUCGUGGCGUCGGCGGUGCACCUCUCCGCUUUCCGAUGCAAGUUUUCUAUCGGGCCGACUUCUUGAAUGAUGGCUCGCCGCCGAACAGGUCGAUUAUCAAGCUCACUGGCGGUCAGGCUACACAUAUUUGGAACGGAAACGUUAUCGCGUUGAAAUUCUAUGGAACUCGACGACAAGGGUACGCUGAUGCAACUAAUGGAGAUCUGGCAGCGCUUGUCGCAUAUUUCAUGGAGCCCACCUGCACCUAAUCCGACUAUCCGUUUCGCUUUCCCCUUUAGUUUCUUUUUGCAUUACCUCGUAUAAUUUCCUCGUCUCCUACCCUGCAUAAGUACACCGCCAUAAUUCCUUUCCCUACUAGUUUCGUGCAGCUUUCCAUACCCGCUUUCUUGACUCCCAUGCUCCUGUCACUAUACUAAUACUUUGGUCUUGAUUCUUGCAUUUUGCGAACAUUGAGAGUUCAAAUGCUUUCUUGUUUUACAUAUACCCAUGUCCCGGGCGGCUCCGCCCAGUGCAUAUAUACAAUUCAUUGUUCACGGUCGCCGAUCAAUA